AUGGAAGUAUGGGUGGUGGCCAGAUCCUUCCAAGGACUUUGUGCAGUGCAUAUUUUGCAGGAAGGUAGUCCCAGCCAGAAUAUGCAGAUUCAAGCAGCAACUUGCUGGGGGUAUGGAGAUGCAAUAAAAUGUCCUAAUACUCCAGCAAUAAUUAGGAAAGAGAUAGAUGUUUACCUGAAAAAGAGUUCAAAGAUUGUUCUUGUGGAGCAAAACCAGCAACUCAAAAAUAGUCCAGGUCAGACUCCGCUGCUUGAAAGAGUUGUGAACAAAACAACGAAGUUGAGGAAGAAGCAUGAGGAGGCUUGGAAGGAAUAUGGUUGCACCAUAAUAUCCGAUGGGUGGACUGACACAAGCCACCGCCAUCUCAUCAAUUUCCUUGCUAACAGUCUAGCAGGGACUUUCUUUCUAGGGUCUGUUGAUGCUUCAAGUGAGAUAGCAAAUGCGAAUAUGUUGGCUGGCUUGUUGGAGAAGCAAAUUGAUAAGGUUGGGAAGGAACACGUGGUGCAGAUUGUCACUAACAAUGGAGCUAACUUCAAGGCAGCAGGGAGGCUUUUAAUGGAGAGGAUCCCGCAUCUAUUUUGGACACCAUGUGCAGCCCAUUGCUUGGAUUUGUUGUUGGAGGAUAUUGGGAAGAUCAAGGAAUUCCACAUUUGCAUCAACAUGGCACAGAAUGUGACCAGAUUCAUGUACAAACAUGGGAGGGUUCUAGAUCUAAUACGAAAUAAGAUUGGAAGAGAUCUUGUGAGGCCAACUGUAACUCGCUUUGCCACUUCAUUUCUCACAUUGGCAAGCCUGCAUAAGAAUAGGAGUGGAUUGAGGAAUUUAGCGGUUAGUGAUGAAUGGCAUGCUACCAGUUUCUCUACCACUCAAGAAGCCCCGUGA